AUGAGUGCCGUUGAGGAGAAGACUCGAGUCUCCGGCGAAUCGCCGCGAGAGCAAAAUGAGCCCAUCUUGCCUACAGUCAACCCUGACGCUGAGAAGGCGCAGGCUCCCAAGGCUUCGAUACACCCUGCUAUCUAUGUCAUUACUUGGAUCAGUGUGAGCUCCUCGGUUAUCUUGUUCAACAAGUGGAUUCUGGACACACUGAAGUUCCACAAGGCAGACUACCCGGUCAUCUUGACCACCUACCACUUGACUUUUGCGACAAUCAUGACCCAGCUUCUCGCGCGCUAUACACACCUUCUUGAUGGGCGCAAGACUGUCAAGAUGACUGGACGCGUCUACUUGCGUGCCAUUGUUCCCAUUGGGCUGUUCUUCAGCUUGAGUCUGAUUUGUGGAAACUUGACAUACCUGUACCUCAGUGUUGCUUUCAUCCAAAUGCUCAAGGCCACUACCCCUGUCGCCGUCCUCUUCGCGAGCUGGACUCUGGGUGUCUCUCAGCCAAGCCUGAAGGUCUUCCUCAAUGUCUCCGCCAUUGUGGUCGGUGUCAUCAUUGCCUCUAUUGGUGAAAUCAAGUUCGUGUGGAUUGGUUUCUUCUUCCAGGUUGGCGGCAUCAUCUUUGAGGCUAUCCGCCUCACCAUGGUCCAGCGCCUGCUUAGCUCGGCCGAGUACAAGAUGGACCCUAUUGUCUCCGUCUACUAUUUCGCCCCAGUCUGCGCAGUCAUGAAUUUCCUUGUUGCCCUGUGCUGGGAGAUUCCGAAAGUUACGAUGGAUGAGGUUUACCAUGUUGGCCUCUUUACCUUCUUCCUCAACGGUCUUUGCGCCUUCCUGCUCAAUGUCUCGGUGGUACUGCUGAUCGGCAAGACCUCAUCUCUUGUGCUCACCCUUUGCGGUGUGCUCAAGGAUGUCUUGCUUGUGGCUGCUUCCAUGCUCAUUUGGCGCACCCAGGUCACUGGCCUACAGUUCUUUGGCUACAGCAUUGCCCUUGGAGGUAUGAUCUACUACAAGCUCGGCUAUGAUGCCCUCAAGGGCUACGCUGCCGAGGGUGGCCGCCAAUGGGCCGAAUUUGGAGCGAAGCGCCCCGCUCUUCGUAAGAUCAUCGUCAUCUUUGCUGCCGCCCUGUUUGUAUUCCUGCUGUUGGGUGGACUUGCUCCGACCUACGCCCCUGACUACGACCCGGUCAAGUACUUCAGCGAGGCUGCAAACAAGCUCGGGGUUACUGGUGCAUGA